UAUCCCCUUGACGCGGCACAAAUCGUCACAGUAACAGCCGCACCGGAAAAACUGGCCGAGGUCCAUAUUGACCAACACAAAACCAUUCGGAUUAGCAAGGGAGAUCUUGAUGAUCUGCUGGAUGUAUAUAUGGGAAAAAUAGCUGAGAGUGCCGCCACAAUUAAGGAUAAGGAGCACGAAAUCAACCAACUGCAGUCCAAAGAUCAAACAGAUGAUGAACUGGUCAAGAAAUUCGAGAAUCUCACAGAGACUUGUAAUGCCCAAAACGUUUCCCUUACGACUGAGAUCAAGGAGAAGGACGACAAGAUCAAGGAGCUGGAGCAGAAAGUUAAGGUCUACGAGACCCGCCUGAAGAGAAAACAACAUCUGGUCACCGAUCUCAGGAAGCAAAAUACUUCCAAUGUCCUGUUGAUUGAUCAUCUCAAGGCAAAGGUUAUAUAUUUCCAAAGAAAAUUUCGUGAGAAAAGGGACGACCUGCUGGCAGAUUGGGAGGCGGCGACCACAACAUGUGUGCCAUAUGGUACCUCUCCUGGCAUUCACCUGAUUCAACUGCCAAAUUUUCUUCCCUUUUUGGUGGCCUGUGAGGGUCAAACCGCCGCCGGACCAGGCUGGAUAGCCAUUCAGCGGAGACAGGAUGGUACCGUGAACUUCUACCGUAACUGGGAUGCCUAUAGUAAGGGUUUUGGCAAGCUUAACGGGGAGUUCUUUAUGGGUCUGGAGAAAAUCCACCGCCUGACCACAUCUCAGCCCCACGAGUUGUACAUUAGCUUUAAGAGAUUCAGCGGCGAGACGAGCUAUGCCCACUACGAUGACUUCCUUAUCGGCAGUGCAGAGGAAGGCUACGAGUUGACGCUGCUGGGUCAUUAUCAGGGAAACGCCAGCGAUGCCUUGCGUACCCACGACAAAAUGAAGUUCUCGACCUUCGACCGGGACAACGAUGCCUUCACCCACAUGAACUGUGCGGUGCAUCAUCAGGGAGCUUGGUGGUAUGACUUCUGCUCAAGGAGCAAUUUAAAUGGCAAAUACUUCAAGGAGGAGGUGGACAAUGCCCAGGGUAUUUACUGGGAGCCCUGGUACAGCUUUCGUUCCCUCAAAUCCGUGCAAAUGCUCAUUCGACCCAAGAGCCAAAUGGACCUGAAAGACUGGGAGUCCAAGACCAAGCGAAGACCCAGGAAUCUGUGAUAAGAAACCUCUCCAUCGAAUAAUAUGUAUUCUCUGCCACAAAUUUAGUGCUUAAAUAUAUGUAUAUAUAAAUUUUUAUAAUUCUUACUUUGAGCCGACAAACUCAUUAAUAUCUGCUGUUUCGCCCUCCAUUGACUCGACGCCCCCUUUGGACAAAUGAUUGGCUCUCGAUUUUGUUUUCAACCUCGCUCUAGGGGUAAUUACUUCGUCACAGUUCACUGGAUUUCACUCCUAGACAUUUGUGUGUUUGCUUUUUGCAUUGGGUGGGUGCAAUUAAUUUUCAUUUUCUGCUUCGUAAUUUGUUCUGUUGCAACAAUUUAAUGGAAUCUAAUUGAGUGUGUGUUUGCGCACAAAUGAAAUAACUCUGGGAGACGCCGACUCAUUUAUCACUUGCACUUUCCUCAACUAAAUUGGAGUCAAUAAACAGAGCGACAGCGAGUUA